AUGUUACCGCGGAGGAUACUAUGUAGGAGGCCGCUCCUUCAGGCACUGAGAUCACCCGUCUCGGGACGAUCCCUACUUCAAAGGCGUUCGCUGAUUGCGGCGCCUAAACCUGGCGAUGGCCCUCUGAUGGAGAGGAGACCUGAUCGCGAGCUCCCAGAUGUCGAGGCCAACCGUUUCCGCUGGUCGCGCACCAUGCCCAUCUUCCUCGCGCUCGUCGCCGCCUCCAGCAUCGCCAUCUUCAACUACCAAAAGAUGUCGUCGCCCGUCGUGUCCUCGACCCUCUACGCCCUGCGUACCAACGCUCAGGCCCGCGAGUAUCUGGGCGACGAGAUCUACUUCAAGGACCAGAUCCCCUGGAUCAGCGGCGAGAUGAACCAGAUGCACGGGCGCAUCAACAUCUCCUUCAGCGUAAAGGGCACCAAGAAUACAGGCGUCAUGCGCUUUGCCAGCUUUAGGCCGACCUCGAAGGGCAUGUUUGAGACCACCGAGUGGAGCCUGGAGACCACGGAUGGGCGGACGAUUGACCUGCUGGACGAGGGCGACCCGUUCAAGGCGAUUUCGUUCGCGGACGGGCUGGAUGACGAGGAUGAGGACCAGAAUGCCACGAGGGGCUUCAGGCAGCAGAUGAACACGAGGUAG